AUGCCGAUCGGUGACCUCCUCGCCUCCAUUGAGGGGAAGCCCUCCGUGCCCUCGUCGAAAGCACCCGCAAGACCUGGAAACGGGAUUCCAGCCAAGAGGAAGGCCGACGAAGAUGCCAGGACUUCUGAACAGAAACAACCGCGGCUAGCAUCCAAUACAAACGGGUCUACCAGGCCGACCGCCGAUGCAACCAAGGCGCCACGCCCAGUUGAACGAUCCUCAUCGGGCUACACUGGCUCUUCAAGACCAUCUACUGCCGCCGCUAUCAAUAACAACAAACCCCGGCCACUGACAGAGAAGUCAGCAUCGGCUGCAUCCAAGAAACCGUCCUCGACGACAAGCGCAAAACCCUCACCCACCACCCCCACCUUUCCGGCCGUCAGCCGAACUGCAACACCAACAAGCUCAUCACUCUCAAGACCUGCACCAGCGUCCAGACCCACAGGUCAAGAUGUUCCCGCGUCGUCCACUACCAAGCCGCCUAAGAAGGGGUCCUAUGCUGAGAUCAAGGCUCGGGCAGCAGCCCAGGCACAGAAGCUGCAGACAAUCGGAAAGAUCCAGCACAGAGCCGUUGAGAAGCAGUCGGCCAAGAAAGAGCAAGACCCAGAGGAUGCAAGGCUUGCCAAGAAGGGUGGUAAGCCUGGUUCAAAACCAGCUGCCGGCCUGCCGUCCAAGAAUGGGACAAAUUCAAAUGGCAACGGACUUCCAGACCGUGGUGUAAAGGUGGUAGGUCAAAAGGGAGUGGCGGGAAAGGCUGGUGCAAAAGGCGCAGCCUUGUUAGAGGAACGAAAACCGAAGAAGGCGGCCCUGGCGACCACUGGGUAUGCCGGAUCUGCUCGGCCUCCACCGAGCAAAGCCAUACCGGGCGCCGCGAAGUCAGGUAAUGGCCGUGACCGUGCACGCCCACCCAACCCACUAGGAAUGUUCAGUCGACCACGCCAGAAGGAUGACGAGUACGACGAAGAUAUGGACGACUUCAUCGACGACGACGAGGACGAGCCAGAGGACGACGGCUACGGCAGGCAGUACAGAUAUGCCGAUGAAGACGACGACUCCGACAUGGAGGCCGGCUACUCUGACGUGGAGGACGAAGAGGCGGCGGCCGCCCGCCAAGCCCGACUCGAGGACCAGCGUGAGGAGGCCAUCCUGGAACAACGUCGGCGCGAGAAAGAGGCUCGCAGGAGAGCAGCGGCUGGGCGUUAA